CGCUCUCUCCUGCCUUGCCUUCCAGGGGUCAGACACUGCUGGUGCUUCACAUGGGUGGUCCCCUGACAUCAGCAGGCGGUGUGUUGCUGUCCUGCAUGCCAAGGAAGCUUCCUGGAAGACUCAGCAGGAUCCUCACCAUGUAGCACAGGACUUCAGAGGAAGCUGAUGCCCCAUCUCGGGGUUCCCCCCUGCAGAUGUGGCUGUGCUGUAUGCAUGGCUCUGUGGGUGCUGACAAAAGGUAUCCUUGUCCCUUGGGAGUCACAGAAGUUGUGAAGUCAGCAGCUUGCCUGAGCAGUAUAGAAUCUCAUUUUGGAAUACGUAAAAGCCUAAGAGUGGCUGUAUGUGUCAAAUGAAAGGUCUUGCCUGCCCACUUCCCAUCUCUGACAGUGGUCAAAAAGAGAUGUAACAGCAGGGUAAGUACAGAGGGUACUUCUCCAGAAUAUUCUCCCAAGCCCCAGCAAUUCAUGUGCCUCCAGACAACUAAAGGUUGUGCUGGACCACUGCCACAGGAAUGCCAUCCCUGGAGUGUAGCUGACUGCACUCCUCUUUUGUGAGGAAAUCCUCCAACUACUGCUGAUGGCAAAUGAGGCAACAUGUUCCAAAACAGGAGGCCACCUUUAGGGAAGCCCUAAAACCUUGGGUUUGCAAAGGUGAGGAAAUCCCUGUGUAGUAGGAGCACUGCUUCUCAACUGGUUCGCCCCAAACUGCACCGCAUCAAGCUCCCUGACAGACUUCAAAGCUCUUAAGAGACUGCUCUCACAAUGGCACAGGUGGAGAUGUUCUUCUGAACACCGUGUUUUGGUUAACCAGGUAAACAGCUGCUUUCAGACACUGCUGCUGUAGAAGUGAUUGUAAUCUCAAAGCAUCACAGCCUGCUGAUUGCCUUUCCCAUUGAUGAAAAUGUAGAGACUUUGGCAAAGAGGCAAGAGCUUUGGCCUGGAUGGAACUAUUAUUGAUGAAAGUAUUGCAGCUCCAUCCCUGGCAUCAAAACUCGCUUUUAAGUGCUGGAACUCAGAGAUGCCUUUGAGAAUGUUCUCGUCAGACACGGGGGUCUGCGUUACGGCCAGCUGGUUUGAUGUUCGCUGGCAGUCCGACAGGAGCUGGGUCUCCCCUGGCAGGGCAGGCAUUGCGGAGGAUGAGCGGAGCCGAGGGCGCACGCUUCAGGAGGGUGGCGAUCCGCAGGAAAUCCAGCGCCGCUCCCGGUGCCGGCGGAGCAGCGCCCGGCAGCACGGCCGCAGGUAACCCCGCAGGCAGCAGCAUCUGUCCAAAGCCCUUAAUACUGUCUAGAGUUUGUGCAGUGAGUGCCACAGCCAGGCUUGUGGAGCAGAAUGUACGCAAUGAAGCGGCUCAGGGAAUAAAUGGAAGUGUGCCACUCAAACAGUCCCCACGUUCAGCUUCAAGUCCAAAGCCACAAGUGCCUCCAAAGCCAAUUCAUCUGCAGAAGGCAACAUACCAAACCCCUAGGCAUAAAGCUUUAACAAAUCAGAAACCAAGAAUGGAGGAAGAGACACCUGCUGCUGUUCCUAGUGUCACAAAGGAAAAGUCCAGUAAAGUGUCAGAUCUCAUCAACCGUUUCGAGGGAGGCAGCUCCCUGAAUCCUAGUGAUUUGAAGAAAGAUUCCUCUGUUCUCCACGUGACUAAAUCUCAAGGAAGAUAUGGGUCCACACCAUCACCUCAGCCAAAACUCCCCUCCCAGCACUCACUACAGAAACAGGGAAACAGUGACACUGACAAAACUCAGGUUGCACAGCUGCCCACGGCCAACGGCGUCAUCGUAGCACAAGACCAGCCGGAGGAUGAGGACCGGCGAUUGCCGGACCGAGGCUCGGCCGUCUCCACCCCGCUCCCAGAGGAUGCCAUGGACGGCAGCUUGAUCAACGGGGAAGGAGAAAGUGCUCGCAGAGAGUCAUUGCAAAGUGUGCCUGCCUGCGAGGAACAGGUGCUCAACAGCUGCCACAGGACUCCGAGCAGCGACACGCUGCUCCCAUCCGAAAAUGAAACUCUAGAAAUUAACACUGAUGUCAAGGAAGAACCAGCUGAGGAAAGCAGUAAACAAGAUCAACCCGUAGAAACAAAGGAGACAGACGAGCAGAAACGUCACAAAAUUGCCAAUGAACUUCUGCAAACAGAAAAAGCCUACGUUAGCCGGCUUGACCUCCUAGAUGGGGUAUUCUAUUCCAAACUCCUUGAGGAAGCCAACAGAGGUUCAUUUCCACCUGAAGUGAUUAAUAAAAUAUUUUCUAACAUUUCAUCAAUAAACGCCUUCCACAGUAAAUUCUUACUUCCGGAACUUGAGAAACGAAUGCAAGAAUGGACUACCACCCCUAGGAUUGGAGAUAUUCUGCAAAAGUUGGCUCCUUUCCUCAAGAUGUACGGCGAGUACGUGAAGAAUUUCGAUAAUGCGAUGGAAUUGGUGAAAACAUGGACUGAACGGUCACCUCAGUUCAAAUGCAUUAUUCAAGACAUUCAGAAGGAAAAAGUGUGUGGAAAUUUGACAUUGCAACAUCACAUGCUAGAACCAGUCCAACGCAUUCCACGCUACGAGAUGCUUCUAAAGGACUACCUAAGGAAAUUGCCUCAGGAUUCCCUAGACUGGAAAGAUGCUGAAAAAUCCCUGGAAAUUAUAUCCACUGCAGCAAGUCACUCAAACAGUGCAAUAAGAAAGAUGGAGAACCUGAAGAAGUUGUUAGAGAUAUACGAGAUGCUGGGAGAAGAGGAAGACAUUGUGAACCCAUCAAAUGAGCUGAUAAAAGAGGGACAGAUCCUCAAACUGGCUGCUCGCAACACGUCUGCUCAAGAGCGGUAUCUUUUCCUGUUUAACAAUAUGUUGCUCUACUGCGUCCCCAAAUUCAGCCUGGUUGGAUCCAAGUUCUCGGUUCGAACCAGGGUUGGCAUAGAUGGCAUGAAGAUUAUAGAAACUCAUAAUGAAGAAUAUCCACAUACUUUCCAAGUGUCUGGAAAAGAGCGGACACUGGAGCUGCAGGCAAGUUCUGAACAGGAUAAAGAAGAAUGGAUAAAGGCACUUCAGAGUACUAUUGAAGCUUUUCAGCAGAGGAAUGAAACUUUCAGAAAUGCUAUUGCUAAAGAAUAUGAAGACAUGCCUGUUGAAGUCUCUAAUGCUGAGCUUGGGAAGAGGGCGCCGAGGUGGAUCCGGGACAACGAAGUCACCAUGUGCAUGAAAUGCAAGGAACCCUUCAAUGCACUGACAAGGAGGAGGCACCACUGCCGAGCGUGUGGACAUGUGGUUUGCUGGAAAUGUUCUGAUUACAAAGCACAUCUCGAAUAUGAUGGCAAUAAAUUGAACAAAGUCUGUAAGGAUUGCUAUCAUGUUAUAAUUGGUUGUACAGACAGUGAAGAAAAGAAGAGAAAGGGCAUUUUGGAGAUUGAAUCUGCAGAAGUCUCUGGAAAUAGUGUCAUAUGUAGCUUUCUUCAGUACAUGGAGAAGUCCAAGCCCUGGCAGAAAGCAUGGUGUGUCAUACCCAAACAGGAGGCUCUUGUGCUCUACAUGUACGGUGCUCCACAGGAUGUCAAAGCUCUGGCUACAAUUCCUCUUCUGGGCUACACAGUGGAUGACACUCCAAAAAGUGCUGACCUCCCCCACAGCUUCAAACUGACCCAGUCCAAGUCUGUGCACAGCUUUGCUGCAGACAAUGAGGAACUGAAACAGAAGUGGCUAAAAGUUAUCCAUUUAGCUGUCAAAGGUGAGACACUAGAAUAUCAAAAUGAACUGCAAGUGAAUUUGGAAGAGCAUCCUGAAUCUUCUAAAAGAUCUGAAUGCUGAAGCUCAAGAACAUGUGGCAUUUUUAAAUUAUUUCAGUUGAAAUUGUGGUUAACCUUUCUUUGCUCAAUCAAGGAAAAAAAAAAAGAAAAAAAUGAAAAAAAAGAUAAAAACUUCUUACUACCAUACACAUCUUGGCACUUUAUGUUUGGGAAAGAAUUCUGGUCUUUUUAGGGAUCUUUUUCUUAUAUUUAUGUUCUGUCAAUAAAAGUGAUGUACAGGUCCAUUUCAGAGACUUUUAAAAAAAAUGUGAACGCUAUUAAAAAUACUUACUAACUUUACUGUACUACUUGUUUGUUGUAAUGCAAUUUUUUUAAAUCCAGUUGCUCUUCAGUUAACAUUUGCUACUUUCAUUACCAAUGCAAAUAUUUGAAGCUUCCUACUUACAUGUUAGGACUUGCAACAGGAUAAAAGAUAUACCUCCACAUUGCCAAAAUAGAUCUGUACUUAAAUAUGCAGGGACAGUUUGGUUUAAUGUAUGUAGUUUAUAGAUUGAUUUCCACAAUUCUGUACAUAUGUUGUAUUCACUUGUAUCUUUUUAAUUAAAGUAAUGCAAAUUGCUGUCACAGGUAUAUUGGCUUUUAAGGUUUCAAUUU